GCUGUCGGCAGCAUGUACUGUACAGUACAGCAGCUGAGCUUUAUUUUGCUCCCCAGACUGGAAACCACUGUAGUGCAGUUGGACUUGACGUCUAGCAACACACACAACAUCCCAGACUUUAAGCACGCAGACACGGCGACUUAGCACGUUAGCGACUGCAUUUACAGAGACGACAGGUAGACUGGAAAGGGGGGGAGAGAGGGGACAACAUGCAGCAAAGGGCCACGGGUCUGACUCAAGCCUGGGUACAUGGGGUGCCCUCUCUACCAGAUGUGCUGCCAGUGUGAGAGCGCCUCAGUGCCUCGUGCUGAGCUCGGGACUGCAGCAGCGGGACAAAAGACUUGAGAAGAGAAAGAGUGGACGGGAGGCAAAAAAACACGUGAACAAGCCAGCAAAAGAGCUUGGAGAAUCUGAGAAGACAGCAUGUUAAUUAGAGCUGAGUUUAAGAGACAAACCUGACUGUGGAGGAGACAGAUGCAGACGGAUAGACUGAGAGAGAUAUAGAUUCUUAGCUCAAAGACGGUAAAGAGGCUCAGAAGCUCACCUGCAGCCAGACAGGUUGAAAAACUGAGAGACAGCCAAGAAUGCAAGGUGCUGGCCUGCUGCUGGGAGUUCAGAUCAACCACACCCACACUGCAACGUCCUCAACCUCCAUCCUUCCUCUUCUAACCUGACUCAAACAAAAAGACCCCUCCAUCUCCUCCUUUUGUGCUCCUCUUCCUAUUGGCCAUCACUACACUGCCCAAGUCAUGUGUACUCUGCAGUAGCAACACUGUCAAAAGACAAUCACCAACCAGUGAGCCGUGAACUUAGAGAAGUGGAGUGAAUGUGUGACAGUCACUUGUUGCAGAGUUUCACAGGGAGCGGCCUUUAACUCCUGCACAUGGACUGUUGAUGAAGAAAGAUGGCAGUGAGACUGGCAGGCGCCGCCCCUUCCUCUCGGCCACCCUCCCUCCCCCCAGCAGCCGUGGCUCGGACCGGUUAAGGUUUGUCUAUUGGCAUCCAUCGCAGCAUCGGCAGCAGCUGGCAGAGUGCGGGAAGGAGCAGUAUGCAGGAAACUGACUUACCGGCCACAAAUGCCUUUAAAGAGUGCAAGUUCCACUGCACCAAUGGGAAUUGUUUGCGUCUGGGCUCGCUGAUCUGCAACCAGCUGAAUAACUGUGGGGACAACAGCGAUGAGGAGAACUGCCCCGUGGUCACCCAGCACCCUCCACCGGGCAUCUUCAACUCUGAACUGGAGUUUGUUCAGAUCGUCAUCAUCAUCGUGGUGAUGACAGUGAUGGUGGUGGUGAUCAUCUGCUUGCUCAACCACUACAAGCUCUCCACCUGGUCCUUCAUAACAAGGCAGAGCCAGGCCCGCAGGCACGACCAUGCCCUGCAGCAGGACGGGUGUCUGUGGCCUUCAGACAGCAGCUCUCGACAAGGUGCCUCAGAGGUAUUAUACGCUCCCCAGGCCAGGGAUCGCUUCACUGCUCCCUCUUUCAUGCAGCGCGACCGCUUCAGUCGCUUUCAGCCCACCUACCCCUACCUGCAGCACCAGAUCGACCUGCCGCCCACCAUCUCGCUGUCAGACGGCGAGGAGCCCCCGCCGUACCAGGGGCCAUGCACCCUGCAGCUCCGCGACCCCGAGCAGCAGAUGGAGCUCAACCGUGAGUCGGUGAGGGCGCCGCCCAACCGGACCAUCUACGACAGUGACUUGAUCGACAUGGGAGGAGGAGGGAGCCUGGGAGGGGUUGGGGGAGUAGGGGGAGGAAUGGGAGGAGGCGGUCCGAGACCGCCAAGCAGUAACUCGGGCAUCAGUGCAGCCAACUCCAGCAGCCACGGGCGCAUGGAGGGCCCCCCGCCAGCGUACAGCGAGGUGAUGGGUCACUACCCCGGCUCAGCGUUCUUUCUACACCAGCACAGCAAUAACCAGAGGGUGGGGGGUCCGGGGAGCAGGACGAUCCAGCAGCAGAGCCAAUCAGAAAGCACAAUAGUACCUGCCAAGGCCAAGGAUGGCCAACCGGAGGACCUGGUGUGAAGAAAAGGGCAGGGGGGCAGGUGGGGCCUGCCCACCCCAGACUGUAAGCUGUCUCUCCUCUUCACCCCUGAUCACCUGUAAGCAGUGAUCUCUUUAUCGCGCUCUCUCUGUCUCUCUCUUGUCCUCUCCACACUCCCAUGCACAAAUAAGUAUCCACCUUAGCUACAACAAAACAAGGAAAGAGAGGAACCAAGAGUUGAUUUAAUUUCAAUUUCUUUCCUAUUGUAGUCAUUCAAACAGCUAGCACUUCUGGGGCAGGAUGUAUGCACUGCGUGGAGAGUUUUUUCCUCUACAUGAGAAAGAAAAAGACUGCUAGCACAGAUUGGAACAAUUUGUUUUUGUGUCCCCUCGGGUGACUGCUCUGUCCCCGGGAACGGAGGAUGUUUUUAUUUUUUGUUUCUUUUUCGGACCGGGAUCUGUGCACAAAGCGAGAACUGAGAAUCAAGGACCUACAGAGACCACAACUAAACAAGAGACUUACAAACCCAAAUCUUAGUGCCAAGGUUCACGAGGAAGCAAAGCAAAGGGGGGGGAAACAACUUGUUCUAACAUUCAAAACACAAAAAAGAAAAAGUUAUCUAAAAGUUGCACUAUCUUUUGUUGUAAAAGAGAAGAGGGAAAUUAUGCUAUGUGAUGAUAAUGAUGUGUUUGUUUUUCUCUUUUUCUUUGUCCUUUUCAUGAAUGGACUGACUGACUGAACUUUGCCUCCAACAGUUAGGAGCAAAAAAAAACAAGUAUUAUAAGCUUAUGUCCUUCCUUUUCUGAAAAACAGCAAGAAAUACUCGUACCCAGCCUACAACUUCUCUGUCUGCUUACACCACAGGCACAGUGAGACUUAGUAAAAGAAUAACCUUGUACUGCUCAUGUCUGUGAGAAAGAAAGUUGCCUUGUGACCAGCCGCUGGGUGGACAAAACAUUUCUUACUUCCUCUGCUAGUUUGUAACAAGAUUUGGAGAUGGGUUUCCAAAAACAGAGUAGGUCCUAAACUCUUAGAAAGAUGAGAUCUGCUUAGCAAGAUUCAACAUGCUUCAUACUAACACUUCUGGCCAGGUGGUUGGAUAUCAAGUGAACCAAGAAUAACAAAAACACACAUAUCUAACUUUCCGUCCAGCAGCCUGGUCACAGCAGAUUCUUCACUUUUCAACUCUGUCCCGACCUCUGAGCACCUGACACUUCCUCUUUCCUCUUUCCUGCGUCCAUCCCCCCCGCCCCCAACUUUUCCACUCCUCUCACCGCUCAUCUCGACAUGCACAGUUCAUUCUGCCAACAGCCAUACUGAACACAAACCCCGCCGCCAUGACAACGAAAACACAAAACAAAAAAAAGAAGGCUCGGCUCUCCGUCUUCACGUUUCUAAAGCCACAAAAAAACAGGACGACACAAAAUGAAGAUUCCUGUCUGCAUCCGCCAGCACAGCGAUCGGGUUUUAAACGAAAACUGUCUGUGGUCGAAGUCAAAGGGCUAUGGGAGGGUCCUUUUUGUGAAGAAAACCUUUUUGAAAAUAGAGCCUUUUUCUCUGCUCAUCGUUGCCUUCUCCUCUACUCUUGCGCUUUCUCUGUCUAUCUUGUUUGCAUUCAAGACCAGUGCCCCCCUCUCUCUAAACCCAUCCCAGCUUGUUAACAGUGUCUCUGGGAAACAAUGUUCAUCAUCCAUCCUUCUAUCCGUGUGCAGAAAAAAUGCGUUCAAAUGAUGCAGAGUCCGCCAAGCCCUUUAAAGUGGAGACUGGAGUGGAGCGUGUGUGUGUGUGUGUGUGUGUGUGUGUGUGUGUGUGUGUGUGUGUGUGUGUGUGUGUGUGUGUGUGUGUGUGUGUGUGUGUGUGUGUGUGUGUGUGUGUGUGUGUGUGUGUGUGUGUGUGUGUGUGUCCGACCUUUUAACACAAAAGACUUGGUGUUCCUGCAGGACCAUUUUGUGUGUGUUUAUCUGAGUGAUUUAUUAAUCGACUGCUUUGUCUGAGUUUACAGUUUCAAGGACAUAUUACACAUUAUAAAAUUUGGCACUGUCCAUAUUAACAAAUCUUUAAUUAAGCUUUCAUUAAAGCCAGAGAUGCAUGAUGGUUUUUAUCGUGGCACAGUCCACUCCACAGGUUCCACCACAAGGUAAACUCCCCCUUUUCUGAUACUGGUGAGAACACUAUUGUCCCUCACUGCAAUGCACCAAGGAAAUAGAGGAGCUGCUCUAUGCUGCAAAAUAUUAAAACAAAUCAUAAAUGGCAGUGAAACAGCUCAAGGAAUAUCUGAGAAAAUAAAAGUACUAAAUCUUUGGAAAACUAUUCCCUUUAUCUUUGACGAGGUUAGAAUAUAAGGCUGGUGUUAUUCCAUAUGUUUCUUAUUGUCAACAAAUCCCAUGAACAAAACAGUGUGACUUUGUCUCAACUAAAGAUUCUUCACCCAUCGCCCACAUGUUUAUCUUUCCCAAGCUUGUCUCCUAAACCCAACACAAAGACUAUCUUUGAACACAAAGGGCGUUAUGGUCUCUCACAUGACCAAAGUUCACUACUUGUGUCACAUCGUUACAACUGAGCUGAACUGCUGGACAACUGAGAAAACUCCAUCUGCUGAGGAAGACCACAAUAGGUAGUGAAAAAGGCAGUAGGUGGCCACUGAGUCAUUUUUUUGUCAAACUACUUCUUUCUUUCAGGCUCACAAAAAUAGUCAUAAAACUGCUGGGCAUUGUGGUUUUUAGCAAACGUUACUCAAACAGGAGGGAAUGGUGCAUUUGUUGGGGACGAUAACAAAAAUGUGGAAUAUCACCAGCCUUAUAAGCAAGAAAAGUACAUUAAUUUCUUGUCAACUCAUUUCAAAAAGAUAAUACUGUGACAAUAAGUAUAUACAUACUGUAUACUAUUAGGUAUUCGGACACGGGCAUAUGUUAUGCUCUCGUUAAAUAGUUUGAGUCAUGAUUUCUAGGGCCCAGGUCCUUCACACUUUGAAACAUUCAGUUAUCCUCUGCUGGCACUAGUUACAGUCAGGGUGAAGUUUCCUAAUGCAGCAUUAAUGAGUAUUUGAAGGUGUCAUGAAAUACUAAUGCAGCAAUGAGGCUUUAUGCUGAGCUGAAUUCCAGAUGAAACAUUAGACUGUGAACCUGGAAGUGUUCCUGCAGAUGGAAAGCACUAGGUGAACAGUCCCUUCUUUGUGCACCUCAAGCUCAUAUCUGACUUUACACCAUUCAGAUGUCACCACGGGGGAAACAGUUUUUGGUCAGUUUGAACAAAAGCCUUGUGAUUCCUUUAGCAUCAGUGUGUUUGAAUGUAUGCAUGCGUCCUAGUUGUGCAUUUCUGGUCAGAGUCCAUCUGGCUCUGUGUGUGUGUGUGUGUGUGUGUGUGUGUGUGUGUGUGUGUGUGUGUGUGUGUGUGUGUGUGUGUGUGUGUGUGUGUGUGUGUGUGUGUUACUACAUCGCUGCUGCUAUUGCUGUUGCUGCUACUGCUAAUAUUGUUGCUACUGCUGCUUCUCAUGCUCCCCAACUACCCCACCACCCACCCCUGUGUCUUCUAUCCAUCCCGUCCCCUCAACUCAUCCAAAACUACUCGGAGAGAAAUCUGACCCUCUGCAGUCAAAAGCACAAGUAUUGAGACAAAAGCUGGUCUUGUUUCCUCUAAGAUCCAUAUUAAAAUAUUUUCAUUUUGUUACACACAAACCUUGAUGAGUCGGUUGUGAAAAGAUUGUCCCAACACUUCAGCCUUUGACUGUACAGACCUGCUUCAAACCCGCAUUUCUUUCCUCUUUUUCUUCCUUCUUUCCGUUGUUUUCUCACCUUGUUCUGUCUGCGCAGUCAUAGCUUGUAAAUUGAGGAUAUAAAGAUGAAUUUUAUGUUUUCUACAAGGAGGUUUGCAUGUUACUAUUAUGUGAGUAAAUAAGGUGCCUAAUGUUCAUGUUUGAGCAGACCACACCUCAGUCAAACUGCUGCUUGGGAUCCUUACAGGUGCUUUAUCUCGGGCUGAUGCCUGUCUGGCAGAAUGGAACAGAAGUAUGUGGGAAAGGGUUAGCUAGGUUUGCCAAAAAAUUAUAAUUUCUGUCUUUUUGUAAAGUCGUGGACAGAUGUUACAGUGGUGACUUGCUUUCAGGGGUCCGGGCCGGGUUUCUCAUUCAGCUUUUGCUUGGUUACAGACUGAAUCUGAUCCAAACACCAAAUUGAAUUCAUGCUCUACAUGAAACUGUACAUUUGGUGAGCACAGGACCAGCAGCGUGCCUGUUUCCAUGUCAGCAUAAAAGAAUGGGCUGCUUCUCCAAACUGCAGCUCUACCUUGACUAGUUUUGACUUGCUAGUGCACCGGUGGUGUUCAUGAGCAGCCAGCCUGCUCCAUUGUGCCAGACAGGAGCGGUCACUCCCGGUGAAACAACUGAAGCCGUUUCAACCAGUAAUUUGACCAGCGUGUGGAGCAGACAUAGGAACCCACUUGCACUCAAAAAGCUCCCACCUUCGUUGUGCCUCACUUCCAACGGUGCUUUUUUCAGUAGUCUGUCUUUCUUUGUUUGUUUGUAAGGUGCUGUAUAUAACUUGAAUAUAUUAUGCACAUAUCCUACCCAAUGGGUAGAAACCACAAAAAAAUGUUGUGAAUAAUGUAAUAUAAUGUAUAGACAAUAUAAGAAUUUUAAGAAGGCAGCAUCAACUUUGUAAAGGCCUACAGUUAAAAACGUGCUUUGUCUUUUUUUAUGAGAAAACAUGGUUUGCAAAGUAUGCUUAGAAUAUGGUUGCAACACAAAUACAAAUUACUACUUAAAAUAUUUUGCUAUAAAUAAUAGUCUGUUAUGAAAAGGAUGAGAUGACCUCUGUAUUAAGGAAGUUGUUGAGAAAGGAAAUGAUUCACUUGUCUAUUGGAUUCCUCAUCUAAGAACAAGCUUUCACAGUGCUUGCCAUCAUUUGGGUACCAGCUGGUGGUUUUAUUUUCACCACAGCCGACUAACAAAUGUAUAGUUCUAUUCCACAGAUCUUUUAAGAAUACAGAAAUCACACACUCAUCAGUUGCUGUUUAUGCCACGACUUCAGCCGGGCUCUGGUUGAAUUUCUACUAGCUUUGUAAAUGGAUGAACAAGAAGCAGAGGCUGUCUAGUUUAGGAUACGCGUCACAUGACCAAUGCACACGAGAGCCGUCGGCACUUCCAAAUAUGGAAGAAUAUGUGUCUGUACUCAUAGAUCUUAACAACAUUUUAGUUAAUUUCAGCUGUAAUUUUGUAUAUCUGCCAAAGUAUAAAUCUGUGGAGCGCACUCAGCACUGCUGUGGGCUGGAUGUUGGGCUCCGGUUAAAGCAUUUCAUCUCCGUUACAGGAGGAUCCCUGACUUUAGACCGCAUUAACGUUGAACAUGAAGAGUGAAAAACAUUCAAGGAAAACUGGUCAUUCCCUUUUGUGGUCAAGAUUGGAAUGUUGCACCAGUGUUAAUCCAGUGGAAAAUGCCGUUAUUUAUCUUUUCUCUCUUUAUUGUUGUUUUUUUUAAUUUUCUACAUUACAAUGUUAUAUGUGGCACAGUAUAUUGAAACAAAAGUCAUGUUUAAUCUGUAGUCAUUUAUUUACAGUUUUGUACUGAAAAUAACUCCACUGUACAAUUACCGCAGAGCAUGUUCAUUCUUAUCUAUAGACGAUGUACAUAGCAACGCGCCAUUUUCUCUUCAAAGCACCAAAUAAGUGGCAGUUGUGUAGUUUUAAUUUGGAAAAGUCUCUAUUGUAACUUUGGCUAGAGCACCGCUCAGCUCUCCUUCUUCUUAAUAGAACUUUCUUUUCAUUUCCUGCACUAGCUUGAAGAACUAACUGGGGCUCAGACUGAUUUUCAUUUGAUUUCUCCCCCUGCAGCGUGCUCCCUCUCUCCACUUAUCAGAAGUCUAUUCUCAACUGCUGACAACAAGUAGCUGUUUUUAUCGUUCCAGAUUUAAAUAAUAACGAUGAUAAUAAUAACGGUGAUAACGUCUCAACAGUCUGGUAUUCUCUCGGUCUUGACAGUUACCAUAGGACUGCUUCCAUCAUGGGUUUUGUAACAUCAGUUUGCUUUAUUUACAAAAUGAGUCCUUCUCGUUCCCCCCCUCCCCUCUGUGCUGAAAUCUAGAUAUAUAUGACUGUAUUCAGUAACCAUACAGUAUAUAUAUAUAUAUAUAUCCAAACACAGAGGUAAACUUGUUGUGUAUUUUUGCCUCUUUUUAUUUAAGCAAUUGUGAUGUAAUAGGUUUUAGGCCUAAGGUCUGUUAUUGCAAUACUUUUACAGAAAAGAAGAAAAAAAAAUCAAAAAAUGUUGCUCUAAGUGCUGUUGUAGUCAAAGAUUUUAUGCUUGUACUUAUGCUGUAGUCAAACUGCAGCGUAAUGAAUAAAACUUUAAAAGUGA